UCGGCCAAACUUCAACCGGCCCUGCUCUUCCUGCUGCCGGGAAGGAACCAUUUUAGACGAAAAAAAGUCAUAUUUUUUCACAAAUCGAACGAUCGUUAGACGAUGUAUGUAUCCUUGAUAACGGUAACUUUGUUAGUUCUCUACGAGGUUCAUCCUGAUGAGGGCCGUAUGAUUGGCAGAUUCAGAAGAGAUACCAGCCAACCUCAUGUCGAAGCCAUCUACAGUAGAUACAAACAGCAAUCACAUGGAGAGGCAACUUACUAUGGCAACUAUCCUGGUGGAGGAGCAUGCUCUCUAGACCCCUUGUCACCGCUGGCUAGUCAACCAGGAUGGAUCAGGGUCGCAGCCGGAAGGGAGGAUUUCCAGAACAGUUUAGGCUGCGGUAUGUGUCUGGAGAUUACGGGCACUGGUAAAGGGAAAGGAACGGAUCCAGUGACAGGUACCUUGAGAGCAAUUGUACAUGACCUGUGUGGCGGAUGCAAGCAGGGUGACUUGGACCUCUACAUACCUGGUGAUGGAAGAUGGGAAAUCUUCUUUAAAGCCAUCGACUGCCCCAUCGUAGAGGGUACCAGUGGUAACAUCAUGAUGAGGUUUACUGGCAGUAACCCAUGGUAUAUCAAGUUGCAAGCACGUAACACCAGGGUUCCCGUGGCAGGGAUCGAGGUUCUUAAAAAUGGCAAAUACUCUUGCUUAAAGCGUGUCAACGAUAACUAUUUCGUGGGGGACCGGCUCGGUAAGGUGGAUUUCCCCAUGCAAGUGAGGCUGACCGCUGUAACGGGUGAACAGAGAGAGACCAUUAUCCCCGCCAUGAAGAACGACCAGGACACUAUAACUGAUAUCCAGUUCACGGGCAGCGAGGCUGGUGGAGGACCGUCUUCUAUCAAGUGUAUGGGACAAGGCAACAACUCACCCUACCCCCCAGGAGGAAUGGAGCCCGGUUCCUCUGGCGUAUCACCCGGCCAGCCUACACCUGGUCCAAGUCCAGUGCCUUCACCAGCACCAGCACCAUCUACAAUCCCUCCCACUUAUCCAUCAAGACCAGAAAAUGUCAACUUCUGUAAGCGACGUAAGGGAGGAACGUAUCCAGAUCCUGACAGAUGUAGCGGGUUYAUCAUUUGUAACAUUGGUAACACCCAUAGGAUGACAUGUGGUGAUGGUCUUUUGUUCAACCCCAAUGGCAUGAACUGUGACUUACCAGGAAGAGUAGACUGUGGAGAUCGACCUCUGGACAGUCCUAAAGACAACCAUGAGGACAUCCAAGGACAGUUUGGUGACCAAGUACAGGAAACUGGGAUCCAUGGACAACCCAAAAUACAGGAAGAAAAGCCAAUAGGGGAACGUCUGAGAAAUGAGUCCCUACCCUUUAGAGGAGGCCACUUUUCCGGGGAGAUUGCUAAUAGUCAAGAAAAGCCAAAAAUAAUGGCAGACCAUGGUCCAAGAGAUGAUAAACAGACACUAAAGACAGGUAGUGCAAAUUCUCCCAGCUAUCAAGAGUUUGACGACAAGGUGGAAGUCGAUGACACUCAAGAGACCCCUUCUAUUCGACUCGGCGUAGACUUCCGUGAAAGUAAAAAAGAAGAAAAGAGCGAUGACUCCAAACAAACUGAUACCAACCAUGUAAAAACGACAAGUUCGAAAGAACCAGUUCUACAUGUGCUGAUUAAUGGCGAUACAAACCUUACCCCUAUGUCAUCGUCAAGCAAAUCAGACGAUGAGACAAGCAAGCCUAGACCUUCUUUCCAGAUAAUGGUCAACAAGGACGGUAUCAAGGCAAGCUUGGGUCGAAACCAAGAAGAACGCAAGAAAAUGGACGACAGUUCUAAUUCUGACUCCGACACACAAAAAACAAAACACACUUUUCAUUUCGUCAUUAAUAAUGAUCAGAGAAAAAGAGUUAACGACCAAGCUGAAGAGAGUAAUUCAGGUGCAAGUAAGCAAGAAGGAAAAGUUGGUGGAGGAGAUGAAGAGAGAAUCUCUAAACCCAAUUUUGAGCUGACCAUCAAAAAUAACAAGGACCAGGUCAUUGGUCAGGAAGAACAAAGACAAAAGCAGUUAGAAUAUCAUGAUGGUAACAAUGAUGAUCAAGCAGAACAAGGUAAUGGAAAGAAAGGUCAAAAUAUGACACGUGGUAGUCAAGGUGAUGAUCAUCCAGCUCGCGGUAUCCAUAAUAAGGAAAUACCUAAUGGUCAACAAACUCAGACACUGGAUGCAGUCAAACAGAACGUGAAUGAGGUGAAGAAUGUUAACAAGGAGGCCAAAGUACAGCACUUGAAUGGUGCAGAUAAAGGAAACGAGCCUGGAAUGGACAUUAAAUUCCUUCCACCGAUGCCACUACAUGACCGAAACUUUUCUACUAACGCGAGCCAAAAUACGAAAGUUAUGAAUGCCCAAACUAGCAAUGAUAAUGUUUCUAUCAAAACACCUGUUAAAACGAGUGAUGAUACAUUAAAGAUUGGUUUGGUCCAAGGUGACAUCAACAAAAGUAAAGAAGGAGGACGAAUAACUCAGAAUAAUACGCAAGCAGGUAACCAAGAAAAAGUAAUUGAGAUGAAAAAAAUUAAUGUCAAGGAAAUCGAAUCGACAAAACCGAAUAAUGCACAACAGUCAAAUCAUCGCACCAGUGGUGUAAACAUUAUAACAAAGCCUUUAGGACACUUGCCUAUAACUAGUACCAUCACCAAGCCAAUUGAGGCAAGCCACCAGGAUAGCUUGAGGUUUAAACCACCCCAAAGUGCGUUUAAACAUCCUUUAGAAACCUUGAGCYUUGAGAAUCAACGACAAACUUCUAUUUCUAAGGAGCAGCUUAAAGUAGAGAAUGUCAAGACCACUGAGCAUACAGAUAAGUCAUUGGCACAAGAUUCGAUGGGGAGUUUGGAAAAGAAUAGAAAAGAACCGGGCACUGAAAAAGGAAGUGAAAAACCAGAGAAAGCUAUGGACACCAGUGAUGUUAAUGCUCCUGAAAAUUCCGAAGGCGCCCAGGUAAAGGUCAAGAGGCCUACCCUUGAUAUUCUAGUCAAUGGCAACAGUGGAAGAACGACCGAACUACGAAUGAGAAACAGCAACAAUGAGAUCGCACGACUGAACGACGUGGGUGGGAAGCAAACAACAAAUCGUAACCCAGUCAUUGGCAUUACCAUCAAACAUAAGGGAGGCCCAGACCAUCACAUUCUUUUCAGCAAGCGGCAACGGCUCUCAAAUGACAAGCUUCGUCAUCAUCACAAACAUCACUAGACCAAUACUAUAUUGGCCUGCGCUUAGUGGUCUGAUUGUAGUUUUGAAAGGACAAAAGACGUUUCAGAAAACACAGACAUGUUAAUGUUUAAAAAAAUCAUACUCAUUGAAAACAAACUUGGUCUAAAAUAAGAAAAUGUUAUGCCUAUCGUUCUUUAAGAACGAAAAAAACAAAGUUGAAAGUCAUAAAGUUAUGAUAAUUCGAAAGUGUCACAGAAACAAAUAAUUAGAUAUUAUUACAAAUGAAAAAUAAAGCUUAAUGGUGUUAA